AUAUGCAAUGCAAUGGUUUUGAUUUGAUUAUGGUUUUUAGUUAGUGGCAAGUUGAUGUUGGAUUUAUUUAUGAAAGUUGUUUACCUUUUCGUGUUACCUUGUUAUAUUUUUUUAUCUUACCUACAUCUAUAUUGUGACUUGUAAUUAAAAUAUAAAAAUGGAAAACUUAGAAGAAAAAGUGAUUAUGACACCGAAAUGUAAAACACCCACAUCAACCACAAUAGUUGUGGAAAGAAAGGUGGUUGAUGCUGCACCUAGUGACAAAAUACAUGUCGCGGGGGGAGACCAUACUGGUAUCAUAAUAAACAAGGAAAAAGUAUAUGAGAAUGGAGUAACAGAGCCAUGCCAUGCACAAUUAGAAUUCUGUGUCUACUUGGUGUCAGCUGCCACUGGUUCACACACACGGGAGGCGAGAGCACUAAGGUUCUGGUUCAAACCUGAAGUACCAAGAGAUGAAUGUCCCCAUGAGGCACAGGGCUUUUUUCGUGAACUUGUUAGUCCACAGGACUUUCCUAAAGAUUAUGUUGGUUUCAUAAAAAAAAUCAUGAAACUAAUGCAGAAUAAAUAUCAUCAACUUAAAAUAUUGGAAGUUGAACUCAGACAAGAGGUUUGCGGACCCCCACCACAAGAAUCAAAUGGAGUUAUGUCCAGUAAAGGCCUUAUAUACAAGUAUUCUAAUGGAUCUUUCAUUGAAGAUAGUGUUUUAAAUCAAACACAAUUUAUAUCGGAGCAAAGAGUGUUGGAUAUGAUUGAGAAUGCAUAUCCCAAUCCAUUGACUGUAGAAGAUUUUGUCACUGUUGGAAAAUGGUCAAAAGCAGAGGUCAAAGAUGCAUUAGAAGCUUUGGAAGAAAAAGGUCUGACAAGAGCUAUGUCGGAGGGUUUAUAUAUACGACAACAUAGCAUUGACACACAGGUAGUGAAACAAAUGCCCACACUUUGCUCGUCACGGCAACCAAGCAUCGCCAUCAUCACAGCGUUGUACUGUGAGAAGCAAGCCGUUGACGCCAUGAUGGAUAACCAAGAGACAUAUGUCCGUUAUACCACUGUUGGUGAGUCCAACGUGUAUACCCUGGGUACGAUCGGCAUGCAUCGCGUGGUUACCACAAAGCUGCCGUCAGUGGGCCGAACCAGGGAGGCAAUGACCGCAGCUGGCAACACCACAACAAGACUGCUCGGAAUAUUCCAGAAGGUGGAGUACGUGUUUUUAGUGGGCGUGGGCGGCGGCGUGCCCCACUACACAGAUUACUCGCGACACGUGCGACUCGGUGACGUAGUUGUCUCGACGCCGGCGACAGAUUUGAAUGACAAGUAUGUUUACAUUUUCUGUGAGAAAGCAGAACGUAAUGACAAAGGUGGAUGGGAUUAUGAAGUGAAACCGUAUAAACCGGCCAAUUUCCUGCUUCAAGACAUCGCGCUACGUCUAAUGAAGACUGAAGCAUCUUUCAGCUUGUAUGUUAACGAAGGUCUGCAGCGGCUGCGCGGAGUGCCGGGUCGCUGGGAGGCUCCGGAGGACGCCACUGACCGGCUCAGUGUUGACGUCGGUGAUGGCGUCUUCAUUGAGGUGUCGCAUCCCGCGCCACAGGGACACCACAGCCGCAGCCGCGUGCACUGCGCGCCGGUGUGCGGGGGGCGCGCGGUGGCGGGCGGGGGCGAGGCGCGCGCCGCGUUCGCCGCACACGCCCGCGCCCGCGCAUACGACUGCGAGCUCGACGCCGUGCUCGACAGCGUCGUAGGCAACUGCAAGGACUGCUUCAUAUCCAUCAGAGGUAUAUCAGACUACCGCGACGGUACACGCGGCAAGGAGUGGCAGGCGCACGCCGCGCUCGCAGCCGCAGCCGUGAUGAAGGCCAUCAUUGUCGCCAUGGACCCUCCAACAGACUAAAAUCCCACGCAACAAGCAUAUCAUUAGCACCCCCUAGAUUAAACACGAACGGCACUACACCUUGUUUCCUUCAUUUACAACUUAGUUGUAGGUAUUUAUAUUUAAAAACAACGAUUUUUUAAUAUAUCGGUUGCAUAGAAAAUUUCAAAGUAAAAACUUGCAAAGAACUCUAUUGGCUAUGAGUUCAGUGUUGACAUUAAAAAACAACUGUUAAAGUCUUUAACUUAUACAAUAUUUUAUUAUAUACAUAUUUAUAUAUUUCCCAUAUACAUGUAUAUCCUAAUUUGUUACUUUAUACAUUGUUGUAAUAUUUAAAAUAUAUAAUAACCUGAAAAAGAUGUUGGAAGCGAAAGUCAGUUCUAGAUUCGUAAAGCAAGAUGACGUUUUAAAACAAGAUUAUUUGUCAAACCUAUUUUUAGGAAAAAAAAAUAUCGCUUGAAUGUGUUCUGGAUACUGUUUUGUUCCAUUUUUCAAUGUGUAAUAACAUAAGUACAAUCGUUAUUUUUCCUUAUAUAAAUGGAACGUCUUAAAACCCUUUAUCCACUGGCGCGACCAGACGCACUGCUAGUCGCUUAAUAUUGUACUUUGUUGUUACAAUUAUCAAAAUUUACAGAUUUUCUCAGUUGGUUAAAAAGGGAAAAUAUUUGAAUAUUAAUUUUAACAUAAAUAAAUUGAAGGCUGCAAACUUAUUUACCAGUUUUUUGUACCAACAAUUUAGUUUAAACAAGGGCCCAAUAUCGUUGAAAAAUGUUAUUUAUCUCCACAUGUUAGUAACUUAUUGAAUUUAAUGAUAUACAGUGCACUCUAUAUAACGUCAAGGGACCGUACAUUUUGCGACGUUAUAACGAGUGGGCGUUAUACAGAGUUACAUUGUAAUUAGAAUGUUAUAAAUACGACUUCACUUGCCUUAUAGACGGCUGUUACAGCGUAUUGUUAUAGGAAAUGUUCAUUAUUAAUAAGAUUUAUUUACACCAUUUAGAUUGUAGUCGAAUUUAAACGUAGUGAGAUGACAUUCGUUAUGACAUUUAAUGCUUUUUUAAUUAUAUUUAUUUAAUGUUGCUGUUAUUUUACACUUUUUUUAAGUACAUUUUGGUAUGAAUUUCUACAAACAUUUGUGUAUGUGAAUUACAUGGUCUAUUUGUAUGUAAUAUUUUGACAGGUUUUAUGUUGCGGCUUGAAAGGUAAGGCAUCUUUUCAAAAACAUGUCAUAAAGUUUUAGGUUUUUUUUUUGCGACCAAAAAUAUUGAUGAUAUAUUAUCGGUGUAAUGCAUAGAAAAACUUUUUCAAGGUAAACCACAAUGUUAGUCAUAGUCAUAUGGGCUCAAAUCAGUCUUCCUAUAAAUAAUUUUCAGAUAACGUUCACUUAUAAUUUUUUUUAAACUAGGUUGUGAUAUUACAUCCAUUUUAAGUUUGCCUUCCGACCAAUAGUUGAGAAUCCUACUUUUUUAAUGCUAACAGGUUUUUCUAAGAUUUUGAUGAUUUUUCAUUGUUGAAACGAAAUAUAUUGUCUCUGGUUUAUACAAAGAUAAUAAGAGAUUAAACUAUGUUUUAAACGGUAACUUAGCAUUUGGUAAACCGUUUGUGCCUUUGACCUUUUAAUGUGUUCCAGUCUGCCUUUCGAUUUAUUGAGUACAUUUCGAUUUUUUUAAUAAAUCCAAUAAAUUAAAUUUUACCUUACAAAUGUUACAAAUGAUAAAAUAACUAUUAUUCCAGGAAUUGACUAAUUUAAGCAUAAUUAUAUUUUAUUAUUAACCUCCACUAUAAAGUUUAAAUUGUUUGCGUAUAACCUAAGUAUGUUGUUAUUUGACCGAUAUUUAUGAAAAAUUAUCAACUUUUGAUAAAAAUCAAUUAUCAUGUAAGUUGAUUUGAUAUUUUAAUCUGUGGUAAUUAAUGCCAUAAUUUGAUGAUAUUAGAUUUCGUAAAAAAAAGUUACCAAAUAUUAUUGCAUAAGAUGUGGCAACUCCAAAAAUGUUGCCAUAUCAAUUGAUCAGUGAUCCUUUACAAGAUUGAGUUGUUGAGGGUAUUUAUUAUAACAAUUUAUUCGCUUUAGAAGCAUUUUAUUAUAGUAAUUAUUUAUAGUAAAAUAUUAUUCACUGCCAUUGACGGCCUAUUUUAUAGAUCACUCUAGUAUUUUAAACCAAAGUUAAAAAUUCCGUAAAAAAUUUAAACAGGCCUAGUCGCCUUAGAUUAACAGUUUGUAAUAACCAUACUUAAAUAAGCUGGCAUAAAAUGAAAAAUUAUAACUUUAAAAACCAAAAACCCCGCUGACUUUUUGCCACUCAGAAAACGUUUGCUAACCGAAUGAUUUCUCAGUCUUCAAAAUAGGUCCCAACUUACAAACCGUUAUACUCAAAAACCAGCCCUCUUGACUUACUCGGGUCAAAAAGACACACUCCAGAGUAGGUAUUUUGUCUCGCGAGAACUUAUAAUAAACAGAAGCAAAAGAAAUCAAUGAUUGGCCUGUGCCAAUAUACUAUACCUGCCAGGUUCCUGUUAACCUGAAAAGCUCGGUCGUUUUAUCAGCUUCCGCUUUAUGUCUAGUAGAAGCAUUUUUUAAAAUAAUUACCAAGGGGUAUAUAAUACAUAAAAUUAUAAUUUUACACGCUAUUUUCAUUUUUUCCGGGACUUCCCCGUAUGUUAAUGAAAGCAGUUUCCCAUCUAAUGACUAAUUUUGAGGUUUCAUAAACCUCGAGUAAGUGAGUGUUUGAGACCUAAUGAAUCUAAGAUUCUUGAAUCUGGUGAAUGAAUUAUAAAGUGUUUAUAAUGAAAGCAUUUCAAGAUAUACAAAUCUCACGCGAGAGGUUAAUAUGCGUAAAAUAGGUCUUGUAAAAAUAUAAAAAUGUUCAUUUUGCCGACGUUCUUGAUAUUGCCAGUUUAUUUUAGUAUGUGUCUUAAAAUAGUGUUUUUGAUUCAUUGUAGUUUCCUUGGAUUACUAGAAAACGAAUUAGAAACAAUAAAUGUCUGACAUUUUAAAAUUCAUUUUAACUAUUUCUUAGUAAUUAUUGCAGAUUAUUUAAUAAUAUAUUUAAAUAUAGUUGUUUUACAUGUCAUGUAUUUGUAGUUUAUAUCGUAUUUAUACUAAAAGGGGAAACCCUAUGGAACGAAUCAUAAUUCAUAUGUUCUUUCCUUAAUUGCUUUUAUUACUUUGAGCUUUGUUUUGUAAUAGCACAUGUGUAUUAUGUAUAUCUAUUUAAUU